ACAGCCUUUACAGAGAACGUGCGUUUUCAAACUUUUUUUUGAGACUACCAGUGAGAUCUCCAGCUGCCGUUUUGUCACCUUUGACGGCUGUUUUUUUUUUUUCCUCCAAUUUAUCAUCCCUCAAUUUAUCUUUUCACAUUCACACUCACAGUCACAUCUGGAAUUCCACACAUCUUCACGGUCUACACUCGAUUCCUUUCAUGUGAAUGACCUCGAUCCACUCCUGACUAUCAGCCUGCAAACCAGCCUGUGUGACAACCACCAUAAACACACAAGCAAACAUCCAACAGGAGUGCCAUCCACCAAACGCUGAAAGGUACAUUCUGCGCAGUGACAACCAGCCAGCGAGAGACAUAGAUAGCUACUGAAGCAGCCUGUAAGAUAUUUAACUGGCCUGACCAAACAGAAGGGCAGCCAUGUUGAUCAUCUUAGCCUUCAUCAUCCUCUUCCAUCUGGCUGCAGCCAUCCUCCUCUUUGUUGCAACCAUUCACAAUCAUUGGUGGGUGGUGACGCCAGCUGGACGUGAUGUGAUCUACGCUGACCUGUGGUACUCCUGUAACUCCACCUGCUAUCCUGUGGAGAACAGCCAUACGGCUGAUGCAGCCUAUCUGCAGGCCGUCCAGGCAACUAUGAUCCUGGCCACCAUCUUAUGUUGUGUCAGCUUCUUCGUCUUCAUCCUUCAGCUCUGUAGGCUCCAACAGGGAGAGAGAUUCAUUUUCACAUCCAUCAUCCAGCUAUUGGCCUCUCUAUGUGUGAUGAUCGCAGCGUCCAUCUACACAGCUCAAAAAACGAGCUUUCAUGUGCCCAGUCUUCAGGAAGGCUCCUACGGCUCCUCCUAUGUCCUGGCCUGGAUCAGCUUCCCCAUGACUUUCAUCGGCGGCCUGAUGUACCUGGUGCUCAGGAAGCGCAAAUAGAUUUGAUGGGCUUGAGGCACAGGCAUGCAAAUAUUCAAAGAUAUAAACAGGAACACUUGGACCCAUUUGCAUACAAACAUACACUUUGCCUUAACAAACAUGCACCCAGUCUCUCUCUAACGCUUAGAUUGUAUAAUACCCAUGGAGAUAAAGAAAUACAUGCACACCACAAAUCGACAUUCAUUUCUAGUCUCAGGUUUAGAACCAGGCAAUUCACCCACAAAGCGCACAUUUUUGUCCACCUUACACACUCAAAACCAAAACCCAAUAAUCGCACAGCUUUCUCCUUCCUGAUGCUAUAUUGUUCUCACUGAAUGUGCUCGCUGAGAUGCACGAGGUCUCGUGCAGGAGUGUGUUCAGUUGACGGGCUGUGCUAUACACGUUUUGUUGUUGAUAAGUGCCUCAGAAACACUGCUGACAGUCAACUGGAUUGUCUUUGUAUUCAUGCAUGACAGCCAACUAAAAUAUGUUUCUGGAAACAUUUAAGGUGAGAAAUAACACCAUGAUUCACAUUUUAUCUGCAGUACGAAAUGUGUAGUCAUGCUUUUGCCAGCUGGGUGAACUGUGCUGGAUAGAUUCAUUUACAUCAAAUCUACACAAUACAAAUGCAGACCAGCAAAUGCACCACACAGGCGCCACGCUGCAUUCAGCACUCACUCACUGCUCUGCAUAGAAAAGGCCCCUGAGGCUCCUUGCUGCAUUUACUGAGAACAUGCCUUCGCUAUCCUCUUCCAACUUUCCCCCUGAGCCACCACGCAAUUGUUCCAACAUACUGAUUUGUCUCUUCCUCUUGUUUCAUUGUGUCCUGCUUCCCACCUACCAACUCCAUUCAUAGGAACCUGUCUGAAAUGUCCAAUCACAAAGGAUCAAAACUGAAGACAAGUGGGAACUUACUGGGACUUUCCAAAGGGUCCAUACUUUUGUUUGUGAAUUUAUUUUGUACAUAUUAGCUGUGUGUAUAGUUCAGGUAAUUGCCCAAAGCUUUUUUCUAAGACUGAAAUACUAAAGCUAUAUAUAAUAGAAAGAAAAAGAAAAAAAUAUGUUAACCAUAGCAUACAGGAAGUGUAGUCAGGCACUAGUAGAGGUAUAAUAUGUAGGAUCUUAACACGUCGUUUGUAUUCUUCUGUCACUGACUUGUGUUUUAAUGAUUGUUGAAAAAGGAACCAAUAAUGUGCUGUGAAAUUUGGGAUUUUUAAAUGACAAUAUAGGAACAUGCAAACUUGAAAUAGGAAUGAACAUUUCUUUGUUAUUUUUAUUAUUAUGCUUUUUUGUUCACAGCUUCACUGAGAAAAAGGCAAAGGCUAUUUAUUGUUUGAAACCACUGUUGUGUGUUUUAGCAUCGUGUGACUGAGGAUGUAUGAAGUCAUUGGGUCUUGCCCUCUCUGGCUGGGCUACUGUUUAUUUGGUCCAUUACUGAAACAUUUCUGUCGCCCCUAUGCACAUGUGUGCUCUGGAAUUUAACAACAAUAAACGUGGGAAACACUUUACUUGAAGGGAUCUACAUAAGAGUGGCAUGACACAUGACACAGUCAUGACACAUGAACCCUAAC